CAGUUAGUUUCGGUUCACUGUCAUUCACAGACGGCGUCAGCUAAAUCCCAUUGCUCAAAAUUCUGUUCAACAUCAUUUUCGACACAAGUCACGUGCGUCCCUCUCCGCCAAUGCUCCACCGUCCACAACCACCACUACCACACCUGAACAAAUAUCUCUCUCUCUCACUACUUUCUCUCUCUACACUUUAACAAAUAUCUCUCUCUCACUACUUUCUCUCUCUACACCAUGACGAUCCUCUCUCCAUCACCUACACUCUCCAUCUCCACCAAAAACCCUAGGGUUUCCGUUUCUCUCACACCUGCUUCUCUCUCUUCUUCAUCGUUCCAAAACCGCCCGAUUCUCCGUCGUUUUCCGUGUUUAACGUUCUCUAGGGCUCCGAAUGCCGCCGCAGAGACGUUUGAAGACAAUAAGUGCUGCUCUGCUUCACGGCCGGUCUCCGGAUCGGAGUUCGGUUACUCUCAUACAUCAAUUGAUGCUACUGAUCAAGAUCUUCUAUUUGGAAUUCAAAGAGAGGUAGAAGCUGGAAGACUGCCAAAAUCUAUUGCUCAAGCAAUGGAAGAGCUGUAUCAGAACUACAAAACUGCAGUUUUACAAAGUGGAAACCCUCAUGCAGAAGAUAUCGUAUUGUCAAACAUGCGUGUAGCAUUUGAACGUAUGUUCUUGGAUGUGAAGGAACCUUUUGAAUUUUUACCAUAUCAUGAAGCUAUUCGGGAACCUUUCAAUUACUAUAUGUUUGGUCAAGAUUAUAUUCGUCCUUUGAUCAAUUUCAGGGAAUCAUACGUUGGCAAUGUCUCCCUUUUCAGUGCAAUGGAAGAACAGCUAAAGCAGGGUGAAAAUGUGAUUUUGAUCUCAAACCACCAAUCAGAAGCAGAUCCAGCUGUUAUUGCCUUGCUGCUUGAAACAACAAAUCCCUAUAUAUCUGAGAACAUAAUCUAUGUGGCAGGGGAUAGAGUUAUAACCGAUCCUCUUUGCAAGCCAUUCAGCAUGGGAAGGAACCUGCUGUGCGUAUAUUCUAAAAAGCAUAUGAAUGAUGUCCCUGAGCUUGCUGAUAUGAAAAGGAGAGCAAAUACAAGAAGUUUAAAAGAGAUGGCUUUGCUUUUAAGGGGCGGGUCAAAAAUAAUAUGGAUUGCACCAAGCGGUGGCAGGGACAGGCCAGAUCCCGUCACAAAUCAAUGGUUUCCAGCACCAUUUGACGCCACUUCACUGGAUAACAUGAGAAGGCUCGUGGACCAUGCUGGUGUGGUUGGUCAUAUAUACCCUUUAGCCAUACUGUGCCAUGACAUCAUGCCCCCUCCUCCUCAGGUUGAGAAAGAAAUUGGAGAGAAACGGUUGAUCUCUUUUCAUGGCACUGGUAUAUCAGUUGCACCCGAAAUUAAUUUCCGGACAGCCACUGCGUCUUGUGGGUCCCCUGAGGAGGCCAAGGAAGCGUAUUCACAGGCACUGUAUGAUUCUGUGUGUGACCAAUACAACGUUCUACAAUCCGCCAUUAAUGGAAAAAAAGGCUUUGAAGCAUCAACAUCAAGUAUCUCAUUGUCACAAACUUUGCAAUCUCUCUGACUUGAUUUACAGGUUGAACCGGUUCAGUGGUGUUUUGAGCACUUUUUGCAAAAAAUAUUAUAUUUAUCGUUGAUAAGAUCUGAACAUGGAACUUACCGUACGCAUAUGAAAGUUUUUGCGAACUAAUCAAGGAAGAUGUUGGUGUUGUAUAUGGGUAGCUAAAUUAUAUACUUUCACCUCAAAAGAGUCUCUUCAUUCUUUUUUCUUUCUAAAAAUAUUAUAUUUUCUUUUAUUCUUUUAAAUAUAAACAACAUAAUGGUAUGCUAUUUAAAGUUUAUGUAA